AUGGUCGAAAAGAAGUUCAAGUCAAAUGAUCCUCGUGCUCAAGCCAUGCAAAACGCUGCUUCCAAAGCUGCUGCUGCUCAGCAUGAGCAAAAGAGACAAAGCCAAGUUAUCAACAACAAUGAUCUCGCCAUCAAACCUGCUACACCCGUCAACAAAGAUGGCAAAGCUGCAAAGAGAACCGAUGUCUUUUCGCCUGGUAUUACAUCGAUCAAGGAAAUCUUGGACAUCACUUAUGCUGUACAAAGAAUGGGCGAAGAAAAGAAGAAACGCACUGGCAACACACCUGCCAUUCAUACCGCCAAUCAACCUCAAGCGUUUGGUGGCUACGACUCUAUUUCUGAAGAAGACGAGGAAGAAGACGAUGAUGAAGAUGAGCCUCACUCUGAUGAUAGUUCCAAUGACUCGAAAACUUCACCUACCAGUCGCAUUCAAAAGGAUGUUAUUGCCAUGGCUGAACAAUUGGUUCAAGAUGGCAAAGGUAUUGCUCCUGCUGCUUAUACAGCAACACCUGAGCAGAAGCUUCAAACGUAUGAUACACCUAUUGUUACACCUACCUCAAGGAGAAAGCGCAACAUGUUUGAACUCGAUAUGUCCAAGGCUACCUUGUUGAGAAACAGAAAAGUGGUUGAAUAG